UACAUAGUCUUUAUUUCGUAACUGGUAAUUUUUCUAGCACAAAAUUCGAACACAGAAACCACCCGAAUAUAUUCGAAAUUAUUGUGUUUACUCCGCGGUUUACCGCGCCAGGUUAAUAGAGCUAUUUCCCUAAAAACAGGUAAAAAACUAUAAAAUCAAUCCAAGCACGAAGAGUGGGUUAGAAGAAACUGGGACAAGCUGAAACAGUCUGUUAAUGGGUGGCGCAGUCUUUUAAUGAAAUCCUGAUUUUUGAAAUGUAUAAGAAGGAGCAUCAUCAUCACAGUCAGCAGACGUCAACCAAAUCUCUUUACGCCUAUAAAGUGGGUGCCUUGGAAAAAUCGGCGACGAAUAUGGGCGGUGCUAAUCCAAACAAUAAGUCCGCUACGAAAAGCUCCGUAACGAAUUAUCACAAAAAUCUAUAUUUUAACGAAAGACAAGACUUAAUUGCUCCUGGAACUCAACCGGCCAUCUCUAAGAAUCAUCAUCAAUAUCAACAACAGGUCAUAGCUCAACAGUCUCCCAAAGCCCCUGUCGAUCUUAACGAGAAACUAGCUCAGAUCAAUCGUCACAAUGCACUAAAAGAGUUUUCUACGAUGCAAGCGAAAAAUGUGCAACCCAUCGAUAAGAACGAUGAGGCGAUGAAGGAAUUACAGGAGAGCAUUCCGGAAAUACACAAAAUCUUCGAUGUCCAUUGUCGUAUUGGAAGUGGAACCUUUAGCACCGUUCUUUUGGGUACUUUGCAGCGUGAAAGAUGUCUCGUGGAAACCCAGAGGAGGAGAUUUGCGAUUAAGCAUCACAAUCCCACCAAUCAUCCAGAGAGAAUUCUUAGGGAGUUGGAGUGCAUGUUUCGCAUUGGGGGAAAGGAUAAUGUCAUUGGGAUUAAUUGCUGUAUAAGAUAUAAUGAGAAUGUGGCCUUUGUUAUGCCCUAUAUGACGCACGAUCGGUUUCAUGACAUCUACAGGAGUCUGAGCCUCCAAGAGGUUCGGGAUUAUUUAAGGAACUUGCUCAUUGCCCUGAGACAUGUGCAUAAAUUCAAUGUGAUUCAUCGGGAUGUUAAGCCGAGUAACAUUCUUUAUAACCGCCGAACUGGAAAGCUUUUACUCUGUGAUUUCGGUUUGGCUCAAAGAAUAGCAGACGAUGGUACUAUAAUACAAAAAAAUGACCUAAGUUCACCGGAAGCAUUCCGUUUUCUUAAGGAUAUGGAAAGCGGUAGAAACCUAAUGCUGACCGAUGGUAAUUCUGCUCAAGCCGAGGCCGAAGACUAUAUGGCCAGUAAACGAAUGCGAGCAUUGGGUGGUGGUGGAGGUAUAGAUCAUGUCCAGCCUAGACCACCAAGUCUUCAUACUCUACGUGAGCAGACUGGCGGACAGUUAUCCAAGAAAGAUGUGGCCAAUCAAAGAGCUGACACCAUGAGACUUCUUAAUCGCCUAAGACUCAUUAACCCGAAUGUGGAUCCCAACAAUUAUGUGGUUUCCACAAACACUGCGAAGAAGGAAAUGCAUGCGUCAAGGGCAGGGACUCCAGGAUAUAGACCGCCAGAGGUACUACUCCGAUAUCCCAUGCAAUCAACUGCUGUCGAUGUUUGGGCUGCUGGCGUUAUAAUGCUUUCGCUACUUUCGGCUCUACAUCCAUUUUUUAAGGCUCCUCAUGACUGCGGUGCUCUGGCAGAAAUAAUAAAUUUAUUCGGCGAUAUGCCAGUACGAAAAACAGCCUUUAUGCUAGAUAGGCUGGUGCUGAUGGCACAAAAGGUUAAUACAUUGGAUUUAAGAAGGGUCUGCAUGAGAUUUCGUCAUGCGGACUAUUUCCUGGCUCCCGAAAUACAUAGAAAAUACCGAAGGCCAGAUGGGUCGACAGAAAUGUGCCGGAGUUGUGAACAGCCUACAUUUAAUUGCCUAUGCAGCAACAGUGGGCAUCAUUUGGAAAGGUACGAUGGACUAGAUGUAUUUCCUGCCAACGCCUAUGAUCUAUUGUCCCGUCUCCUCGAAGUUAAUCCCCAGAAGCGUAUUACCGCCGAAGAAGCCUUGAAGCAUCCGUUUUUCGCUGAUCAGCAUAGGAUUUCGCCGGGAAUGCCGCUUCAUCAGCAACAGCAUAUACUGCAACAUCAACAGCUGUUAAGUACCAGAGAAACACUUCCAGCGGCUGCAACCCGAACCCUGAAGGCAUUCGUAACCUAUCCCAUGGAAAUGGCAUCCACAGCUUCUCAUAGAUCGGGAAAUAUCUGAUAUUCAGUAUGUUACAUAUAUAUAGACUUCUUCCCAUACGUUUUGAUUGGAGUCCACCAGCGAGUUGUGGGCAAACAAAAUUUGUAUUGUGCACAAACAAAAAAAAAAGAAAAAAAAUUAAAAAUAUGGGCGACGAUAAAUGCUCACGAAAUUUACAGGGAAAA